ACACGAAACGAACCUACGCAGAUGAUGUCAGGACGGGAGAUGUCGGCAAGAUGACAGCGUUCGUAUAACGCUCGUCAUACAUCUAAAAAGAAAAAAAAAAUUUUUUAAUUAAAAAAAAUUUGCGCAACUUAGUUUGAAAACAAAAAAAAAAAAAAAAAAAAAAAAAAAUUCGCGAAAUUUUCAUAAAAAGUGCUGUUUCAACCAGUCCCCGCCCUCGGAAAAAAAUAGUCGUCCAUUUAAACAAUCUUUCUCACUCUUAUUCUCUCUCUCCCUUUAACUUUCUGUGUCAAUGUAUGUGUUGUGUAGACGAUUAUCAUCAUCCUCGUCGACGUCGUCGUCGUCGUCGUCAUCGUCAUUCGUCGCCAAUUUAAUAUCAAAAUAUCAACGAUGUCGUUCUAAAAGUGUUGUGUACGAUUCCUCUUUUUCAAAUUAAUUUCAAAAAAAAAAGAAACCAAAAAAAAAAAGAGGGAAUCGUACAAAAUUAAAAAUUUGUGUUUCUGUUACGUUAAAGCCUUAUUUUUUUUUUUUUUUUUUGGCUUAAAAACGUAAAAAUAGAAAAAUAAAAGGAUAUGAGCAUUUUCGGUGAUUUCCAGAGGGUCUGGGUCCAACGAUUCCCAGACAGCGCCCUGCCGGCCGCCUGGGAAGAAGACGUCAGAGCCAACCUCGUUAAACACCAACACAAGGUCGCUGCACUAAGGGAGGAACUCGAGAAAGAAGAAUUUUACGUGGAAUAUCUUGAGAGGCUUCUUGCCGAUGUUGAACGUCACAAACAAUUGGCAAAUAAUACAACAUCAGAAUCAAAAACAACUGGUGCCGAAUCACCAAGUCAAAGUUUUCAUACUGCCGAAAAUAGUCUCAAUGAAUCGUCAUUGGUAAAAAAUGAUGGCGAAACGAAUACAGAAUCAAUUCCAGUACGUGAGGAUAUUAGUACACUACAGGAUAAAUGUGUUUCUGAAUUGAGUUCAACGUUAAAUUGUCAUCGACGGCCAAAAAGUGAAAUACCAAGGAGUCCCGAGAAAGUACCUGAAUUUCGAAGAAACAGCAAUCCCGAUGUACCGAGUAAUUAUGUCACUGUCAUUGAAGUCACUGGGAGUUCUAAAAAAGAAAAGAACGAAGAAUCCGUUAAGGAUGAGGAAGAAAAGGUGGACUCCGAUGAGAAAGCGACGAACGACGAUGCUGAGGAUGGUGACGCUGAGGCAUCCGAAGAGGAGCCUUAUUAUGAUUCAGUGGCUCUUGAUCAAACGGGAGAAUAUGUUUACAUAGACUCAAGAGUACCGGCUGUUGAGAAUAAUAAACUUCCGGUAAGGAGGCCACCCUCCCUACCAGAAUCACCAGGGAACCAAAGUAAUUACGUCAACAUUGACUACUUCAUCCAGUUCCUCAGGCAUAGGGCAGCAAUGGACAGUGAGGACGAGGAGGGUCCAAGUCCAGCGCCACCGAUCCUCCUUCGUGCACUAUCGACUGACAACGAAACAGGUAGUAGCGAUGCCGAACCAUUGAGUUUGAGUGAAGGUAGCCUCGAAUCACCAACGCCAACAACACCAAGAAGAAGUCAGGAGAAGGUCAAUAAAGAUGGCGAUCAAGACGACAGAACAUUAAUGGUCAAAUGUAUUGUCAGUUCGGUUGUUGAGAGCGAGACAAUCUAUGUUGAAUGUCUUAAUGUCAUGUUACAAUAUAUGAAAGCAAUUAGAGCAACAUUAACAACAUCACAACCAGUAAUUACCGAAGAGGAAUUUGGAACAAUGUUCUAUAAAAUACCCGAACUUCAUGCAUUACAUCAAACAUUUCUUGAGGGUUUACGUAAGAAAAUGGAAAAAUGGGACAGUAAAACGACAGUUGGCGAACAAUUUAAAGUAAUGGGCAGUAAUAUUGGUGUUUAUGGUGCAUUUUUACAUAAUUAUGCAAGAGCAACUGACACUGUUCGACGUUGUUCACAUCAUUCGGCACAAUUUGGUGAAAUUACAAGAGACAUUAGAUUACGAGGUUUUCCCAAAGGACCGGGAUUAUCACUUGAGGAUUUACUUCAUAAGCCAGUUGCACGAGUUCAAAAAAAUGCCCUCGUUCUUCAUGAUCUGCUUAAACAUACACCAGCGACACACGCGGAUCAUGCUCCUCUAACGGAAGCUCUAACAAUGACAAGAAAUUUUCUCGAUGAAUUUAAUAUUAUACAGACCAAAUCAAUGUUCCCAAGUCACGAUCGAGCACAACGAAGACUUGUCAAGAAUUCAUUUGUCGUUGAAUUGGCUGAUGGACAUCGAAAAUUACGACAUCUAUUUUUAUUUAACGAUGUAAUUGCUUGCGCCAAAUAUAAAGCAUCAGGACGUGAAAAAUUUACUUUCGAAUUAAAAUGGUAUAUCCCCGUUGCUGAGGCAAUGGUCCUUGAGGAUGGAAUUGAGCCUAGAGAAAAUAGCCCCGCAAAUGUUGUGGCACUAAGAUCACAGGCGUGUACCGUGAGGGAUCAAAUAUUAUGGGAGGAACGAAAUGAUGAGAAAAGAAUUCGCAUUGGUGGUAGAGGUGCCGAUAAGAAUAGAAAAAAAUUAGCCGAAUUAGAAGCACAAUUGGUAUUGGCGUCACCAAAUUUAGUGUUACGUGUCUCGUUAAAAAAUCAAAAUCGUAUACAAAAUUCAUAUACAUUUUUUUUAUCAAGUGAAUUUGAACGUUCACAAUGGAUUGAAGCUGUUGAGGCAUUACAACAAGGUGGACAACCACCAGGUUCAUUACCAUUGACAAUGUAUGAACUUCAAGCCUGGGUCACAGCGUGUCGAACAUAUUUACAAACAGAUAUGGGAAGUUAUUUAUUACGUUCACGACGUGAUGAGAGUCUUUUACUUGGUGAUUUACAUUUGACUUUACUUGGUCUCACACCACCGGGACUUGAUAGAACUGGAGAUCUCUAUAUUAUUGUUGAAGUCGAUAGUUAUGGUCAUUAUUUUAAACGUGCACGAAGUCGAGUUGCUCGAGGUCAAGCGCCAACUUGGGGUGAAACUUUUGUUGUGGAACUUGAGGGAUCUCAAAAUUUAAGGAUUCUUCUUUAUGAAGAAUGUGGAACACGUUCUGUUUUGCGUGGUAAGUGCACUCAACGAUUGAGUAGAUCUUGGCUAUUGGAAAAUCAAGUUGAUCAGGUAUUGAAGUCAUUAAAUUUGGGUCCUGCGUCACUUGAUGUAUCAUUGAAAUUUGUACCAAGUGAAGUUACCCUAAGAAGAGUGCCUUCGGCUAAACCGCAGGGACUUUUUGGCGCAAAAAUUCAACAAGUUUGCAAACGGGAGAAGCGAGAUGUGCCUUUCAUUGUUACGGCUUGCGUUCGAGAAGUUGAGAGGCGAGGUGUGGGUGAAGUUGGUCUCUAUCGUGUGUCUGGUUCGGCUUCGGAUUUGGCAAAAUUGAGAAAAUCGUUUGAAAGCAAUUCUUACGAGGCUGAGCAACUACUCAAAGAGGUGGACGUGCAUUCAGUGACGGGUGUAUUGAAAUUGUAUUUACGUGAAAUGCCAGAGGCAUUAUUCACUGACGCAUUAUAUCCAGCAUUUCUUGAGGCAUUUCAAACUGGUGAGGUGUCACGUAAUACGGCAUUACGUCGAGUUUAUGAAGGUUUACCAACAGUUAAUAAAGCUGUAAUUGAUUUUCUAUUAGCUCAUUUAAUACGCGUUAAUAAGCAUGAGGCUCAAAAUAAAAUGUCAUUGCAUAAUUUAGCAACUGUAUUUGGUCCAACAUUAUUGCGUCCCGGUACAAGUAGUAAUCGUACUGAUUCAAAAAGUCGUGAUCCACUUGCUGCCGGUACUGUUGAUGUUAUGGCACAAGCCGGUAUACUUUAUUGUUUUUUACAAAUGCAAAUGCAGACGCAACAAAGCAAUCAAUCACUCUAGUCGAGUACAUCGCGAUCAAUCAAUUUAAAUCUAUUUUUUAUCAUAAAAAAAAACUUUUGCCCCCUAAAAAAAGAAAUCCCAUAUAGAAGCUUAGAAUUAUAAUAUAUAUAUAUAUAUAUAAUAUGCUUCGUUUAUUUAAAAGUUAACCAUGAAAAAAAUGUGAACCUUGGACAAGAAACGGAUUCAGUCAAAAAAAAAAAAAAAAAAAAAAUACUGAUUGACAUUUCGUAUUGUCUUAGUACCAAUUCACACCAUACACUUUGUAAGUAGCGUGUAGCAGAAAGUGAUAUAUUUUAUACUUUGCGAUUGUAUUUUAGACGUGUUAUAUUUUCACGUCGCUCUUUUUCAGAAGAAAGAUUUAAAAAAAAAAAAAAUGAAAAGAGGAACGCUUUUAAAUACAUAAAAAAGAUGAAUAGAGGUCAAUGCUUCGAAAAAUGUACACUUUUUGCAUUCGCGCGUUCCUAUAUAAAUAAAUAUAUAUAUGUAGACAAUUCUAAUAUGAUGCAAAAAGAAAAAAAAAAGAAAAACCUUUGUGAUCCUUUUAUAUAUAUAUAUAUAUACUUAUAUGUAUACUCGUAAAAUUUUUGAGAUGACCUCUCUCUUUUUUAUAGAACCUUUACAAAACAAAAAAAUCCGGAGUUCUUUAUACUCCAAAAAAAGUGUUGAAUGCUUCUCCUCGCUUCAAGACUGAUUUUUCCGUCUCUGGUUAAAUUUUACUAGACUCUCGUUAAGAAUUGUUUUUUUUUUUUUUAAAAAAAAGCAAACAUUUUUGAAAGUAGAUUUUACGAAUGCAAAAAUAACGUUUUUUAUAUUGACAAAAAAAGCGAGAUUAAAAAUUUUUCAGACAAUAUUCGCUAAUUAUAAAUAUAUAAUAAAAAUUAUUAUUAUUAUUAUGUCUUUAUAAUGCAUGAGAUUUGGAUAAUUAUGAGAGAAAAAAAAAAUUAGCUUUAGAUAAAAUGUUUGACAUUUUUAAUAAUUUCUUUUUUCAAAUUUUUUUUUUUUUUGAGAAUGUUUAUCGAGAUUAUUGUGUGUGUGAUAGAAAUUUUGUGAAACUGAAUUGGAGGACGCUUCUGCGCAUGCGCUGUAGAUCAUUUGAAAUUUAUAGACAUGCGCAGAAAUAGCCAAAGGAUUGUAAACGUGAGCAAAAAUAGAAAUUCGCUUGCCUUAGACGUGCGCAAUAGUUUACAAAAAAAUAAAAAAAAUUAUAUACCUGCGCAGUAGAUCAAAACAAAAGUGCUCUAUUUAUGCGCAGUAGAUCAGAAAGUAUUCUUAUAUAUAUGCGCAAUAGGUUUUUUAAAAAUAAAAAUUUAUUCUAUCCAUGCACAGUAGAUCAAAAAAAAGAAAAAAUUUAUGUGCAGUUGAGCAAAAAAUAUUUCUGCAUAUGCGCAGUAGAUCAGAAAAAAAUUUUAUCAAUACGCAAUAGAUCAGAAAUGCUUCUUUUUUAUGCGCAGUAGAUUAGAUCAUGUUCUCUUCAUGCGCAAUAGAUCAAAAAGCAUUCUGCAUAUGCGCAGUAGAUCAAAAAAUGUUCUAUUUGUGCACAAUAGUUCAAAAACAUAUUUUACUCAUGCGCAGUAGCAGCUAAACGACUUGGGGAUCAAUUUUUUAAAACCGUUUUUUGAUAUAAAAACAAAAAAAAAAUCUAAAUUUAAUGAGAGAUGCCUGUAAUCGAUAGUCUUCAUAUAACCUAAAAAUAAUCCUGCCGACGCUCAUUCCAAAAUUGUCAAUCCUCCCUCCCUCUUUUUUUCCGUAUAUAACAAUAAUUAGUAUCGAUUUUUUUUUCGAAAUCAAUGCGAUCUAUAUUUCGAUAAAUGAUGUGGUUUUUUUUUCUUUUUUUGACAAGUGUAUGUUUGAAAAUUUUUUGUAAAUGCAUAAUAUAUAUUGUAUAAUGUAUGUAUGGUAAUGUGCGUGAUCCAAAAAAAAAAAAAAAAAAAAAAACCGCCUUUUUGUAUAGGUAAUGUAAUAUCAAUAUUACAUACGAAAUAUUUUUCUUUAUUGUGCGCACAUUCUUGGAAAUUUGUUUUUAAUUUUUUUAUUAAAAACAAAUUUCGAGAAAAUGUGCGCGCAUUUUUUGUACAUUUUCGCGAAGUGUAAAGACGAUUAACCAUCACGAAUAUGAUAUUAGAGCAUUAAAUAUAUAUUGUACAUGUAUUAUUAUUAUUAUUAUUAUAAUAUUAUAAUUAUUGUAUUAUUA